AUGAAUUUAAUUAAUGUGGCUGCUGUCAAGUUCAGAAAGAACAAAGAUCAAGAAGAUACUUGUAGUCCGAAAGAAACAACAUCACCAGACUCAUUUAGUGGUCAUUCUGGUCUGAGCACACCAACUCAUCGUCGCUGGAAACAUUCUAAUAUAGAGAGGGAUUUAUAUUUAUCGGAUACAGUAGAUAAACAUAGCACAUGUGAAUUAGAAGUAGAUGUUAUUGCAUCAGAUAUAUUAAACAGACUAGAAGUUGAUGCUAAUAUUGGUACAAAUCCAGGAUUAGCUGCUAUAUGGGAAGAUGAACGACAGAGAAAAAGAGAUUUAGGUGAAAGCUCUCAGAUAACACCACAACAAUCACAAGAUUCUGGUAAUUUGUCGUCAUCACAAGAUACUAUAAUAGUGGAAGGCGAACCUGAAGAAACUAAACCAGUUGUUAAUCUAAAAUCUAUACAAAAAGUUUUAUCAUUUAGUCAAAGUUUUAGCCAACAAUCAUCAGCAUCUCAGACAGAACAAGGAGAUAAAUCUUUGAUGGAUAUUCUGGCUUCGUUAGCGGAUGACAGUCAAGAUUGUUCUCAAGAAGAUGUGUCACAGAUAGAAGCCCUGGAGGAGGAGGACAGUAUAAUGACAUCUAAACCUCGCCUGCCCAAUCAUACAUCUAUUAAAGAGGAUGAAGAAGAAACUAUGGAGAUGUCACAGAUUGUGGUAGUAGAAGAUGAAAAUGAUGAUGACGUGGAAGAUAAAAAGACUAAAAGUAAAGACAGAGAAAACUUUGAUCUACAAGGUAUGGAUGAUUCUUGGACAGCAUCGCAAUGGUUCUCUGAUAAGGAUGAUGGUGAUGAUGAAGACGAUGAUGCUAAUAUUCCUCAGUUUGAUGGAGCAUCUGAUAAAAAGUCUGGUGACAAACCAAGAAAGAGAUUGGCUAGUGAUAUCAUACGAUUCCAAAAACUCUUGAAAUAUCAGGAUAUGGAGAAGCAAAUAAAGAGUGUAAACAACACAUCUGUUGGAGAAGAGGUGUUGGAUGCUUCAAAAAUCCCAGGAAAGAAACCUUGUCUGGAAUUGGAUAUGGACGUGGAAUGCAAAUUGGAAAGUAGUACAGAGAAGAUGGUGAUAGAUAAGCAAUUUCCAGAAUCAUUAUCCAUUGAUAAACCAAAUGUUAGUUUGAGGGAUGCUUCUGAAGGCAAUCUAACUCCUAUCAAAUCACAGACACCAGUGUCUGGUCGAAGUCCUGCAUAUUGCUCAACCACCACUGAAGAUAUUUAUGGCAAAACUAUGGAUGAUUUGGACAUUCAUACUCAUCACAAAAUAUUUGCCAAUCCUACACAAUUUCAAAAGGAGAUACUGGAAUGCUCCAUUGAGGAAAAUAAACAUCUACAACUGCCAUACUGUGAUUCUUCAUCAAGUGAUCUCUCUGAUAAUGAUAAUGAUGAUGAAUUUGAUGGUGGAUGUUCAGCUCUACCUGAAAAGGAUGAAUAUACUGAAGUUACUCCAAACGACGAAGAAUUAAAAAAUCCUGACCCCAGUUAUGAGAGUAGCGACUCUAGUAAUUCUUCAGAUUUUGGACUGAUGAGUCGAUCGGAAAAUGUUAGUCAGAACAUCAGCGAAGCAUCCAGCGAAGGUUUUGAGAUUUCUGAAGGAUCAAAGGACCCCAAAAACAGAUCCAUAAGAAGAAAAAAGUUGACACCAAAUCAGAGACUGGGUGUUGCGUUCCUCACCACUAAAGCCAGAAGGAAGAAAGGUGUCAGUGGUGGGAAAUUAAUGAGCAGCCUGUCUAUUUUACAUCAAGCUACCUUGGCUAAUUUAACGGAAACAACUCCUGCUUACACAGAUAAGACAGAUGAUAAUAAAGUCAAUUAUGAUGACGUUAUGUUUAAGCUCGCACUAUUUUCUCCACCAGAUUCAGAUAAAGAGGAUUCAUCACCACCAAUGCCUUCGUCACCUUCUGAGGAUAUAGUAAUUGAUCUAUUUCCUAAAAAAUCACUACCUAAUUUAACAUCGGAAAGUCCUGAACCCCUGUUAGAAGUAAAGGUUUGUCCAGAAGAGAUAAAAGAAAAAUGCUUAAAACCUUUGGAAAUUGAUGUGAAAUAUAUGAAACCAGAUGUAAAACCACAUUUAAGUGCUGAAGGAAUCUACGAAACUCCACUUUCCAGUGUUGAAACCCAUAAAGCAGAACCUGCAUUUUCACCUAGUCUGGCAUCAGUCGGUAGUUCUGAAAAUGAUUAUAAUGCAGGAAUGCCAGAAUUAAAAGAUGAAACUGUAGCAAUGGAGAAUGAUGAUGUGGAGAAUGACGAUUUCUGGAUGGAAGAAAGAUUUUCUAAAACCCGUAAGCCACCUAAAACUGCUGUUGUAAAACUAGCAACUUUAUCUUUCUCAGAUAUUUCUAGUUUUAAUGCUGCCAGGAAAAACAGCAAAGAAAUUUCAUCGUCUCCUCCAGACCUUGGCCCUCCUAAUAUUCCUGCAUACCCUACACACAUCGUAUCAGAAUAUCUUAGAGAAAAAUCUCCUCCUCCACCGAACCUUACACCUAAUCGAUCCCCUAGAGCUUGUGAUCCUGAUGUUUUGAUGAAUGCUAGUGGAAACCCUGGUUGGACACCUGAUAAUUCUGUGAUGAAACUAUUAGCUUACAGACCAAAACCAUUUUCACCACCUGAGGUUAAGAAUACUUUAAAUAUAUCAGAGGAAAUUUCAAAAGAUAGCUUGGAUAGUACCCAACUCAGUUUGGGAGAUGGCACCAAACCACUUCCAUGUGAAACACAAUGUGAUAGAAUGAUAAUAAAUAAAAGUGCUUCAGCUGAUUCAUCAAUAAACAUGGAGACAGAAACAACAUCUGAAAUAAUAGCAUCCUCGUCCAAAUCUAGUCAUAAUUCAAAAUUAAAAGACAAUUAUAGUCUUCAUCCUCAAGUUAUCAGUAAUCAGGAACAGUAUCUGAAGGUGAAAUUAUGUUUAAUUGCGAAGAAGAAGUUGAAAUUCUUAGCCCGACUCAUCAAGAUAAAAAGUCUUGUACUCGCUGGGACCAAAAAGAACUUUCACUGUCAAAACGUAAAAACAUUGAAUUUGAAUCAGUUGCUAACUCCUGACCAAUCAAAAGGCGACACAUCACAAAUUGACGGACCAACACCUAAAAAUAGUUUUGGAUUUAAAAUAACUCAACAUGAUUUACAGAAUGCUAAAGCUCUUCAUCGGCACCAAUAUUUAACUGUUAUGAGUAUAGAAUUACAUAUAGAAACCCGAGGCGACCUUUCACCUGAUCCUGCAUAUGACCCCAUACAGGUUAUAUUUUACUCUGUAUUUAACGAUGUCCCAGAAGACGAAGGUCUUCGCUUCAUAACUGGCGCUAUUGUAGUUGACAAAAACUCAGUUCCAGAAGAUAUCCAAAAGAAAAGAAUAGAAACACCUAAGAAAGGUAAAGGAAGGUCAAGGUCUGUGUCACCUAAACCUAAAAGAUCAAGGUCGCCACAGCCUUCAACAUCAACAGCCGAUCCUGAUACUUUGCCAAAAUCUUCAACUCGUUCCAGAUCCGUUUCACCGAAACCUUCUCCUAAAUUUAAAGAAUUUAAGGCAGAUGUGUCGCCCAAACCGUCAACAUCGAAAUCACCGAAACCAUCAACAUCUAAAUCGCCCCAACCAUCAACUUCUAGAUUACCCCAACCAUCAACUUCUAGAUCACCCCAACCAUCAACUUCUAGAUCAUCCCAACCAUCAACUUCUAGAGCCAACUCAUCACAGGCCAAGCAACCGAAAACCUUACUACAGAAAUCAGGAGUAGAUAACUUGAUAUUAACGUACGUAACAGAUGAACAGGAAUUAUUAGAAGAAUUCAUUCAGCUUACUCACAAAUGGGAUCCUGAUAUAUUGGUUGGCUAUGAGAUACAGAUGCUAUCAUUAGGUUAUAUAUUACAAAGAGCAGCACAACUUAGUUUAAAUAUCUGCCCCAAAUUAUCACGUUUACCUGACUGUAAAGAAGGCAAUCGUUUUAGUGCUGAGAAAGAUAAAUGGGGAGCUGAUCAUAAUUCCGAGAUACAUAUUGCUGGCCGCAUUGUUUUAAACUUGUGGAGAAUUUUACGUCAUGAGGUUACAUUAAAUAUUUAUGAUUUUGAGAAUGUCGCACAUCAUGUUUUACAUCAACGUAUACCACUGUAUUCCUUCCGUUCCUUAACUACAUGGUUUAAUCAUAGAACACAUCUUUACAGAUGGCGUGUUAUAGAUCAUUAUACGAUACGAGUUAAAGCUAUAUUACAAAUAAUAGAUCAGUUAGAUCUUAUUGGACAAACAAGUGAAUUUGCUCGAGUAUUUGGAAUAGAAUUUUAUGAUGUUUUAUCGAGAGGUUCACAGUAUCGAGUAGAAUCUAUGAUGUUACGACUGGCAAAACCAAUGAAUUUUAUACCUGUGUCACCAGGUGUUCAUCAACGUGCUCGAAUGAGGGCACCAGAAUGUAUACCGUUAACUUUAGAACCAGAUUCCAAAUUUUACACCAACCCUGUAGUAGUCCUAGAUUUCCAGUCUUUAUAUCCAUCCAUAAUGAUAGCCUACAACUAUUGUUUUUCUACCUGUCUAGGUAGAUUGGAAAGACUUGCUAAAGCUCAUGAUGGACAGUUUGAAUUUGGUUGUACAUCUUUAAAAUUAUCACCAUCAGUUAUCCGAAAAUUAAAAGAUGAUGUGACUAUUUCACCAAAUGGAGUUGUUUUUGCAAAUGAAUCAGUUAGAAAGGGAGUUAUAUCAAAAAUGGUGGAAGAAAUAUUAAAUACAAGAAUAAUGGUGAAAAAAGCAAUGAAAAAUUAUAAAGAUGACAAGACAUUAUAUCGGAUGUUAAAUGCAAGACAGCUAGGGUUAAAGUUAAUAGCUAAUGUAACAUAUGGGUAUACUGGUGCUAAUUUCUCUGGAAGAAUGCCUUGUAUAGAGGUUGGUGAUAGUAUUGUACGUAAAGCUAGAGAGUCUUUAGAACGAGCUAUAAAACUGGUAGAAGACACACCAAGAUGGGGUUCGAGAGUUGUUUAUGGUGAUACAGACAGUUUAUUUAUUGAGAUGAAAGGUAAAUCUAAAGAUGAAGCUUUUGUAAUUGGUCAAGAAAUAGCAGAUGCUGUAACUAACAUGUACCCUAAACCAAUGAAACUCAAAUUUGAGAAGGUAUAUUUACCAUGUGUUCUACAGACCAAGAAACGUUAUGUAGGUUUUAUGUAUGAAACACCGGAUCAGAAGGAACCAGUAUUUGACGCUAAAGGUAUAGAAACAGUCCGUAGAGAUAACUGUGCUGCCGUUUCUAAGGUAUUAGAAAGAUGUAUAAAGCUAUUAUUUACAACACGAGAUAUAUCUCAAGUUAAACAGUAUGUUGUGAGACAAUGUCAGAAGUUAUUAGAAGGUAAAGUCAGUCUACAGGAUUGUGUUUUUGCCAAAGAAUAUCGUGGAAUGUCUGGAUAUAAACCUGGUGCUUGUGUUCCAGCUCUACAGAUAGCUAGAAAAAGAAUUCGAACUGAUCCUCGAUCUGAACCUAGAACUGGAGAACGUGUUCCGUACAUCAUAGUAUAUGGUAGCCCCGGUCUUCCAUUAAUACAGUUAGUCAGGGAACCAAGGGACAUGUUAGCAGAUCCUACCUUACGUUUAAAUGGAACUUAUUACAUCACAAAACAGAUAUUACCACCGUUAAAUAGAUUAUUCUCUUUAAUUGGUGUUGAUGUUUUCUCAUGGUACCAAGAUAUGCCAAAAACUAUUAGAAUAGUUCCACAAUCUGUUUCUGGUGUUGAUGCUAAAAAGGGUACAAUAUCUCAGUAUUUUGCUACAUCUAAUUGUCGAGUAUGUGAUGAACAGACUAAACAAGCUAUAUGUAGAAAGUGUAUGAAAGAACCACAGAUGGUGACUGUUGUUUUAUCUGAUAGAAUAAGACAAUGGGAGCGAAUACAUCAUAGACUCUCACAGGUUUGUUAUACCUGUAUGGGGUGUCAAGAUAUCGACCAACCUUGUAUUACAUUAGACUGUCCUAUACUGUUUAGACGAUUAAUAGCUAGUCAAGAUGUUCUACGUGCUGAUAAACUGCGACAAGAUAUGAAUAAAAUGUUCGAUUUCUAAUCUCAUCAUGAUGCUGAUCUUCUCAAUGAUGUGGCCAUUAUGAUGCUGACAUUCUCAACAAUGUGGUCAUGUAAUGUUGAUCUUCUCAAUGAUGUGGCCAUUAUGAUGCUGAUCUUCUCAACAAUGUGGCCGGUAUAAUGCUAAUAUUCUCAAUAAUGUGGCUAUGUGUAUCAUGUAUAUAUAGCUACAUGUAUCGCAUUUAUAUCUAGCUACAUAUAUCAUGUAUAUCCAGCUAGUAUAUCUAGUUAUAUGUAUCUCAAAUACAAUCAGCUACAUAUAUCAUGUAUAUCCAGCUAUGUGUAUCAUGUAUAUCUAGCUAUAUGUAUAGCAUAUAUAUCUAGCUGUAUGUAUCAUGUAUAUCUAGCUACAUGUAUAAUGUAUAUCUAGCUAUCUGUAUAAUGUAGCCUAUAACUAGCUAUGUAUCUCAUAUAUAUCUAGCUACAUGAACAUCUCGCUGCAUAUAUGAAAAUAGAAUGUCGCCAAAUGAAUUAUAUUUAAAUCAUCCAUCGUAUUAUUUUUACAUCAAUCAAUAUGAAUUUAGUAUUUUUAUAAAACCAAAGAUAAAAAGUAGAGAGGGUACCUGCUGGCCUUAAUUUGUUGUCUUCCUGUUGUGACAUCAUCACCAGCUGAUCUCAGUCUACUGCUCAAUAUGGAUGCACAUUAUUUUAUAUACACUGGUGACUGGGGUUAUUAUUAUAUCUAAUACACGAAAGACAGGUUUCUAGACAAAUUGAUUCAACCCUUUAUAUAAAUAUUAACUACCUGAGUCCUUAAAGACAAUUAGAAAAAAGGAUUUUUUAAUAUCAGGACACCCCUGGCAGACUGAAACAGACUGUUUCUUAGACCACCUCAAACCGCCCAAGAUAUGUAAAUAGCUUUCCAUAUUGUAGGACUGUUUACUAGUUUGCGAGGGCUCAAGACGGGCGAUUUGGGGAGUUCUAAGUGCUAAAGGGUUAAACGCUAUUUUAUUUCUAGUAUGACAUGAAUAUAUACAAUACUGAUAUAGUGGAUGUGAAAACAUGUCGAAGCUUUAUAUAAAUUCAUCCCUAAACUAAUUCAGUUGAAAAUUAGCAAUUGGUUUUUUUCAAUUGUGUUUACAUAAUUUGACUGGGUUUUUCAGUCAAUUAACAGCCUUGUUUAGUAUAUAUUAUGAUACAAUAUUUCUAUAAACUUCAAAGCACAGGGAAAUCGAAUUUUGUUGCCUCUUACAAAUGAUUAUUUUGUUCUUUCCAUUGAUAAGAAUUAGACUUCCCGGUAUAUGUAUGAUUUACUAGAACCUGGGUAAGGGGUAUGAUCUUUCGUGGUCCCAUUCAUAGGAUUUUGACUUGCAUGUAUAGUUUACUAGAACUUGCAUAUGGGGUAUGAUCUUUUGUGGUCUCAUUGUAGGGAUUUAGAUUUACAUGUAUGAUUUACUAGAACUAAGGGGUAUGAUGUUUUGGGGUUCCACUGAAAGGAUUUAGAUUUACAUGUAGGACUAAGGGGUAUGAUGUUUUGGGGUUCCACUGAAAGGAUUUAGAUUUACAUGUAGGACUAAGGGGUAUGAUCUUUUGGGGUUCCACUGAAAGGAUUUAGACUUACAUGUAUAAUUUACCAGAACUUUUGUUUGGGGUAUGAUCUUUCUUGGUUCCAUUGAAAGGAUUUAGACUUACAUGUAUAAUUUACAAGAAUUUGUGUAAGGGGUAUGAUCUUUCAUGGUCCCAUUGCAGUGAUCAUGAUUUACGAUGAGAUAGAUGAUGCAAGAUUAAAUCAAAUUAACUAGAUAUGAUAUUAUAUUAAGAAUAACGAAAUUGACAAAAUGAAAUGCUAAAUAUGUGAUUGAUUAUUUAUUAUUUUGUAUAUUUAAGUACUGAUGAAGAGCUUAUUGAUGCAUGAAUGUUAAAGUUAGUUGUUAGUAUGUUAAAGUUUAUUUUGUAUAUAUGUAUAUGUUUAUAUGAAGUUAUCUAGUUGUGCAGAAUAAAAUUAAUUUUCUAUACUAAUAUUAAAUGGAUUACAAUUGACUUAAACAGUUGUACUUAAAAUUUAUGUAGAGUUUACAUAUAUCUGGAUUUUGGUUAAUUUUGGCAAUUUCAUAUUUAUAAAUAUGUCAGAAAAAGGGAUUUAUAUGUUUCAACUUUGCAAAUAAGUAUCCAUUUUCUGUGGAUAAAUCAGUCAUGUUGACAUUUUGUUACCUUACUGACAAUUUGUCGAAUUUAUUUCUGAAACUGAUUCAAGCUAUGAGUUUUUAUUUUAUUUAUUUCACUUGUUAAUGUCUUUUAUGAACUAAAAAUAAUUGUACAAAGCCAUAGAAUGUCUAAUAAAAUUUUUGUAUCAGUUUAUAUAUAGAACAUUUUUAUUGUACAUUUGGAUUAUUAUAAUUUUUAUUAAUAUUUAUAUUUUCAUGAGAGAGAUGAGAGAUUCAACAUAAUUUUUUUAUAUAGAAAACUGUCACAUAUUGUGUAUAAAGCAUGUUUGUUUCUCACCUCAUACCCUGAUUAGGCUACACAUAUCGUAUAUUAUAAUAUAUUCAUCCAGAAUGAUUGUAUGAGGGUUUAACAUCCAUUGACAAAACUAGGUCAUUUAGGGACUAACAUGGUACCAUUUUUUAUUUCAAUAAGUCACUUGCUCUCUGGGAGUAAGCCAGAGGACUUGGAGAAAACAUACAUGAUUGGGCAGCCGACCCCACUCUUUGUUACUUACAAACUUGUUAUCUAAACCAUGCUGCUUGCCUCUGACAGACCUUAUGAUCUGAAGCGCACGUGUUAGAUCACCCUUUGUUGUUUUAAGUAUAGCUUGUGAAUCACAAACAUUUCAUAAUCACCUAAGUGUUAGAUUUAGUGGCCUUCAUUAUUUUCGAUUGCUUAAUAAGUAUAUUUAUAUUUUGUGAAAUGUUUAUGAAUGCUGAUUAUUUUAAUUUGAAGAUUUAUUAAUUAGAUGAGUGAAAGAAAAUACAGAGGUUCAAUUCCUAGCUAUAUUUACUUUUCUUUGGAUACGCUUAUUGUUUGGAUAAUUUCUUGUUUUGGUUGUAUUCUUAAAUUAAAUGUUCCAAUAUUCAUAAAGUAGAAGUGUGUGUUGGUCUCAGAUGUUUAGAAAGCUAUGAUUGUAGUAUAAAUUUUUAUUUGUACUACUAACUGUAUAGAGUAUUAGUAGAGGUAUGUUAUGUUAUGAAAUGAAAUGGGGUUUGGAGUCCUACUUUUCUACAUCAACUAGGGCUAAUGAAGACAGGCAGAUGCCAUGUACUGGGCUAAGGUGAAUUUUGCCUGGAUGGCGGCGCUACAGGCUACUCUUUAAUUCAAAUUCCAACUGUCAAGGAUUCCUUCAUGUACAUGGGACCUUUCUUUUUUGUCCCAUUUGAAAUUCACUAGGAAAUUUUUUAUCCAACACCUUCCUUGCACCUGGUUAGCAAGCCAGUACUUUACUCAUUGAGUCACUGUAGCUCCCCAGAUCUAUAGAUAAAUUCAGAUAAUGAAACUUAUUGGUAUAUAAUAAUACCUUAUUCAGACACAACUGUCAGAAAUAAAACAUUUAUAGACCACAGAACAAUUAAUUUAUUGUUUAAACUAAAAGAAUUAUGUUGUGUACGGAGGGAACUAAUUUUUUUAGGAUUUAAUUUUUAAUGCCAUUUGAAAUAUAUAAAAAAACGCUAUGUUAUGUCCAUGUAUUUUCCACCUCCUAUAAAAGCUAUGUUAUGUCCAUGUAUUUUCCACCUUCUAUAAAAGCUAUGUUAUGUCCAUGUAUUUUCCACCUUCUAUAAAAGCUAUGUUAUGUCCAUGUAUUUUCCACCUCCUAUAAAAGCUAUGUUAUAUCCAUGUAUUUUCCACCUCCUAUAAAAGCUAUGUUAUGUCCAUGUAUUUUCUACCUUCUAUAAAGGCUAUGUUAUUUCCAUGUAUUUUCUACCUUCUAUAAAAGCUAUGUUAUGUCCAUGUAUUUUCCACCUCCUAUAAAUGUAUGGUGAUUGUCCUUUGCAAGUCCUUUAGCACCUAAUCUUUUACAUCCUGGCUAUAAAAGCUAUGUUAUGUCCAUGUAUUUUCCACCUCCUAUAAAAGCUAUGUUAUAUCCAUGUAUUUUCCACCUCCUAUAAAAGCUAUGUUAUGUCCAUGUAUUUUCUACCUUCUAUAAAAGCUAUGUUAUUUCCAUGUAUUUUCUACCUUCUAUAAAAGCUAUGUUAUGUCCAUGUAUUUUCUACCUUCUAUAAAAGCUAUGUUAUGUCCAUGUAUUUUCCACCUCCUAUAAAAGCUAUGUUAUUUCCAUGUAUUUUCUACCUUCUAUAAAAGCUAUGUUAUUUCCAUGUAUUUUCUACCUUCUAUAAAAGCUAUGUUAUGUCCAUGUAUUUUCCACCUCCUAUAAAUGUAUGGUGAUUGUCCUUUGCAAGUCCUUUAGCACCUAAUCUUUUACAUCCUGGCUGUAGAGUUAAAUUACUACAUGCAUAAGCAGUUAAUGGUACAUUUAUUUACAUAUAGUAUCUAUAUCUUUAUAUGGCCAAAUUAAAAAAAAAUACCAGUGUUUACGGUUCCCAGACCAACCCUAUUUUUUGGAGUCAAAAUUUUUUUUCAGAUUACUAACAAUUUUGGUAUUGUUUUCAAGAAAUGCUAUGAAAUAUAUAAUACAAACCCCACGGAGGGGGGUUGCUUGGAAAAAACAAUAAUGGCCCUAUUUUAGAGGGCCAAGUAACCGUAAACACAGGGUUUUUUUUCUUGGCCUAAAGCUAAAGUUAUUAAGUGGCAGCAGUAUUUUUUAUAUUAUGAGAAUUGUUCACACAGUGUAAUAGUAGAGAUAACAGAUUGGUAAUUUUUUCAAGUUGUGAUUUUUAUAUUUUUGUCUGUGAUUUCUAUGUGAGUAAAUUGUGUCAAAUGAUUGAACACAAAAUAAAAGUUUGAAAGAA